CGGGCGCUCCUCUUUUGGAACGCUGAACCUCCCGAGCGUUCCAUCGGAAGCGGCGAUUGUUCCGCCUUUUGCAGCAUCGCGUUCUAUGCCGCCCGCGCGCAGGAGGGGGGAGGGAGAAGAGGGCCGGGCAUGCCUGGACAGCGCUUGAAGCUCCGCCGCUGCUCUUCCACCUCCUCCUCCUCCUCCUUUCUCGACGAUUAUAAACAAUAAAGUCACCGCCGGCUCCGAGAACCUGGAGAGCAGAGCGAGGAAAAGCAGAAAGAAAAGAAGCCACGCUGAUCGUCGGGAGAGAAAACUUGCGCCUUCGUGGCCCUUCAAAGAAGCCCCCCACCUAACGGAAUAAAGGGAACGGGGUGGGGGGCAGACAGGCAGCCAGUUUUCCCAUCGUGAGGAGAGGCGACGCCGACGCCCACCCAGUUUCCCCGCAUGGAGGGUCUCUACUCGCUGGGGGUGAGCCUCUUCUCGGACCAAGGGGGCAGGAAAUACAUGGAGGACGUGACCCACAUCCUGGUCGAGCCGGAGCCAGAGGCGACGGAGAUGGGCGCAUCAGCCCAGGAGCAGCAGGAGGCGGCGGCGAGCCCAGCUUUCCGCGGCGGGAGAGGAGCCGGUGCCAAGUCGGCGGAGGCGCCGUCGCCCUUGCCUCCGCCUGCUACUGGUGCCGGCGUGGGGCGCUCGGUGGCCUUCUUCGCCGUGUGCGACGGGCACGGCGGGCGAGAGGCGGCUCAUUUCGCCCGGGAGAACCUCUGGACGUUCAUCAAGAAGCAGAAAGGCUUCCGCUCCCACGAGCCGGCCGCCGUCUGCGCCGCCCUCCGCAAGGGCUUCCUCGCUUGCCACCGGGCCAUGUGGAAGAAACUGCCCGAGUGGCCAAAGACCAUGACGGGCCUACCGAGCACGUCCGGGACAACUGCUAGUGUGGUGAUAAUCCGGGGCACAAAGAUGUACGUGGCUCACGUCGGCGACUCAGGUGUGGUGCUUGGAGUCCAAGACGACCCCAAAGACGACUUCAUCCGGGCUGUGGAGGUGACGCAGGAUCACAAACCUGACCUCCCAAGGGAGCGGCGGCGGAUCGAAGGCCUCGGGGGCAGUGUGAUCAAUAAAUCGGGUGUGAACCGGGUCGUGUGGAAGAGGCCUCGUCUGACCCACAACGGCCCCGUGCGGCGGAGCACAGUUAUUGAUCAGAUUCCGUUCCUGGCGGUGGCCCGAGCCCUUGGUGAUCUGUGGAGUUAUGACUUCUACAGUGGCGAGUUUGUUGUGUCUCCCGAGCCGGACACGAGUGUACACACGCUAGACCCUCAGAAGCACAAAUAUAUCAUCCUGGGCAGUGAUGGGCUGUGGAACAUGAUCCCACCUCAAGAAGCCAUUUCUAUGUGCCAGGACCAUGAAGAGAAAAAGUAUUUUAUGGGAGAGCAUCAACAUUCUUUGGCCAAAAUGCUGGUGAACCGGGCAUUGGGCCGGUGGAGGCAGCGCAUGCUCCGGGCGGAUAACACCAGCGCCAUCGUGAUCAGCAUCUCUUCGGGCUGCAGCCGUCGGAGCAGUUUGGAAGGUGAGGAGGAGCUGCAUUUCAACCUGGCCGAGGGGCCGUCCUACAGCAGCCCCGAAAUGUGGACCAUGACCCCUUCUCGCUGCUCUACUCCACCAGUCAAGGUUUUAGAAGAGGACUUGUGGCCACGGCUGAGCUCCCCUGAGAGCAUCCCUUCGCUGACACGUAGCAACGCAGUCUUGAGUAAACCUUCCGAGGCCCUCAGUGAGGUCUCCAAGGGCAGCCCCCCGCCAUUAGCAGUGGCGUCUAACAGGGAUCUGGCGCUGCAGGAGGGGAAGUGCGGGCGAGCAUUUGGGUUGAGGGUGCGUGAUUCCCACGGCCGGAGCCUGCCAGGGACCCUCUCUCCUUCCCGUUCUGGGAACGCAGAUGCAAAGGCCUUCAAGGUAUGUCCAAGCGAGCCAACCAAAGUGCAGGAGGCGGAGAGGAUUCCGAUGGCAGCAAGCUUCAAAAGGACAUUGGAAGAAUCCAAUUCUGGGCCUGUGCUGAAGAAGCCUAAGAGAGGCUUGGUGAGGAACGUUGGAGUCCAGCCUGAAAUUUUAGCCUCCUCGAUGCCCCAACACAAAACCCCCAGUAAGCUCGUCAUGCGCCGUAGCCUUCGAGGACAGAAGAAGCUGGCGAACCCCUUGUUCCACCAGCCCAGGAAAGCGCUUUGCGUUUGCUGAAAGGGGUGUCGGUUAAUAACACAGUUUUAGUUCCAGUCCACUUCAAAGUUAUGAAGUUUCAGUGCAGAUAAUUUGAAAUGGCAUUUUUUCUCUCUCUUGUUCAGUUCUUAUUUUUAUUUUUUAAGGUAGAAAACCUUUUUUGGGGGGGAGGGUCAGGUUGGUAUUUGAACAGCUUUAUCUCAGCCUUGUACUUGCUUGUAAUAUAACUGUGAAUUUUGUAGACGUUCAUAGGAUAAUGAGUUUGCUGUAAAAACGUGUGUAAAUUUAUAUUCCUUCAUACAAAAUGUAGUCUCCCCACCUAACUUUUUUUUGCAUACUUGUUACAACAGGGCUAAAAAAACAGAAGAAAAAAACCACCUUGAUUUUAGACGAUGGUUUUUUGGGGGGAGGGUGCGGUGGUGAUGAAUUUAGUACAAAGUAAUGAAUUUGUAUAAACUUCUUGUGAGGACCUCACAACUUUUUAAUGAAAGUAAAUUAUUAAACAGAAUGGAAGAUAAUGUAUUUUCGUAGUACUUAAUACGUUCUGGCUGGAGUGUACCCUAUUAGAGAAUAUAAUACUAGGUCUAUUUUCUUUCUUUAUUAACUUUUAGAUUUCUCUAUUCAGAAAUGAAAUGUAUGCAGAAGAGAUGCCGAAUCGUCAUCACACAGCUCAGUGCUGGUGUCUGUAUUUUAAUUAAAAUACUAUGCAGUAUGUAUUUUUCAUUUUUUUGUAAGAGGAAGGGCCAAUAUUUUAGCUCAACAACAACAAGAACAACAAAAAUAGAUUUCCUCCGUCAAUUCUUGGCUUCCGUCAAUUUUUGGAAGGCUUUUAUUUUUCUUUUCUUUUAGUGACACAUUUGGAAAUACUAUACAUUCCUUUUUACAAGCAUGAGAUAUUUUACUGUUCCAACAAUGGAUGGUGCUCUUGAUGGUGAUAUUUCCACCAUAAGUUCUUAAGUUAUUGGGAUAGUUUUCUAGUUUUCUUGGCAUAUGUUGAACCAUGUAUACUUAUAAUGAAAUAAAACUAGCAAAAAACUUG